CCUAGCUGAAUUCUGAUUCCUGGCAAUGGAUGUUAUUUUUGAGCUCCAGAGAGGAAGAUCCUUCACAAUUGAAGUUGGUUAUUUCGACACCGUUCUCGAGAUCAAAGAGAAGGUUCAGAAAUACCAAGGAAUUCCCAUUUCCCACCAAACCUUAAUCUUCAACGGCCGAGUUCUCGAUGACGAACGCAACAUUGAAUACUGCGACAUCUACAACAAUUCCCGCAUCCAACUCCUCGUCGCAUCUGAAUUCGAUAAACCGGUGAACAACAGUAAUUGUAAUAACAAUGUGAAGGCUAUGGAGGAGUACUGCCCUAAGAAAAUCCAGCUCAACGUGAAGACCCCAACGUCCAAAAUGCAUGUCCCUAUUGAAAUGGACGUAAACGACACUGUCUCGAAGCUAAAAGAGAAUAUCCAAGCGAUGGAUCAGUCCAUUCCACUUAAUCGUUUGGUGGUUCAUGCAGUUGGGAAUGAGUUACAUGAUCAUCGCUCGUUGCUCGAAUGCGAGCUUUCGGACAAUGCGGAGAUAGAGGUGAGCUUGAGACCGUCACCAGCUCCUGCAACCAAUGCGAGCUCACCCGUGUCAAUGGGUGGGGCUGGAGUUGGCGGCGGAGGCGGAAUGGGGUCCAAAAAUAAGCUGAAGCUUAUGGUCUUGACAAAGUGUGGGACGAAGAAGAUUGCGGUGGAAGUGAACCCAUUGGAUAAUGUAGGGGAAUUGAGGAAGGAGCUGCAGAGGUUGCACCAAAGGCAAAUGAACUUUCAUCUGCCGCAAGAGAGCUAUUUCUUCAUCUAUAAGCAGAAUGUGAUGGAGGACGACAGGUCGUUUCGAUGGCAUCAAGUUGCGCAGGGUGAUACUAUAGAGAUUUUUAAUGGUAGCGUAACCGGUGGAUCAUAGAUUAAGCUAUUGAGCUACAACAUUUUUCAUUUUGUUAGCAUGAUUUUUAAUUAAUUUUUUUUUUAAUUUGGAAUAAUUAGUGAUGUGAUUAUAUAAGUAUGAUUUUUCUAACCCCAUCUUUUCCAAGUUGCUACCUAACUUGAGCCUGGAAAGUAACAGUGAAUUAAUCACAUUUUUUUUUCUUGUUAGAAGAGG